UGCACUUCCUCGGCCGCUGGACGAGUGGGGAGCCGCGAUGGCGGACGCCUGGGAAGAGAUCAGGCGGCUGGCGGCCGACUUCCAGCGGGCGCAGUUCGCGGAGGCCACGCAGAGGUUGUCAGAGCGGAAUUGCAUUGAAAUUGUGACUAAAUUGAUUGCUCAGAAACAGCUGGACGUGGUUCACACACUUGAUGGGAAAGAAUAUAUCACUCCAGCCCAAAUUAGUAAAGAAAUGAGAGAUGAACUGCAUGUGCGAGGCGGUCGAGUAAACAUUGUUGAUCUUCAACAGGUCAUUAAUGUGGACUUGACUCAUAUUGAAAAUAGAAUAAGUGACAUUAUUAAAUCAGAAAAGCAUGUUCAGCUAGUCUUGGGACAACUAAUAGAUGAGAACUAUUUAGAUCGGUUAGCAGAAGAGGUGAAUGAUAAAUUGCAAGAAAGUGGUCAGGUUACAAUUUCAGAACUGUGCAAAACCUAUGAUCUUCCUGGAAACUUUCUGACACAGGCACUAACUCAUCGACUCGGUAGAAUUAUUAAUGGACACAUUGAUCUUGAUAAUAGAGGAGUAAUUUUUACAGAAGCUUUUGUUUCUCGACAUAAAGCAAGAAUACGUGGGCUUUUCAGCGCUAUAACUCGGCCUACACCAGUGAAUUCUUUGAUUUCAAAAUACGGAUUUCAGGAGCAACUUCUUUACUCUGUGCUUGAGGAACUCGUUAAUAGUGGACGUGUGCGAGGCACUGUGAUUGGUGGGAGACAGGAUAAGGCGGUGUUUGUUCCUGAUAUCUACUCCAAAACACAAAGUACUUGGGUGGAUUCCUUUUUCAGGCAGAAUGGCUACCUAGAAUUUGAUGCCUUAUCGAGACUUGGAAUCCCGGAUGCUAUAAGUUACAUAAAGAAGAGAUACAAGACAGCACAACUUUUGUUUUUGAAAGCAGCUUGUGUUGGUCAGGGACUUGUGGAUCAAGUGGAAGCUUCAGUAGAGGAAGCCAUCAGUUCUGGGACAUGGGUUGAUAUUGCACCUCUGCUACCCACUUCGUUAUCAGUUGAAGAUGCUGCAAUGUUGCUGCAGCAGGUGAUGAGAUCAUUCAACAAACAGGCUUCAGCUGUAGUCUUUAGCGACACUGUGGUAGUCAGUGAAAAAUUUAUAAAUGACUGUACAGAACUUUUCAGUGAAUUGAUGCACCAAAAAGCCGAAAAGGAAAUGAAAAACAAUCCUGUGCACUUAAUCACUGAAGAAGAUCUGAAACAAGUUACUAUUUUAGAAAGCGUUAAUACAAGUAAAAAAGAUAAAAAAGAUGAACGACGAAGGAAAGCAACAGAGGGCAGUGGAAGUGUAAGAGGAGGAGGUGGUGGCAAUGCCAGAGAGUAUAAAAUGAAAAAAAACAAAAAGAAAGGAAGAAAAGAUGAUGAUAGCGAUGAUGAGUCAUCACACACUGUGAGAAAGAAACCAGAGGUAACUUUUAUGUUCCAGGAUGAGAUUGAAGAUUUUUUAAGAAAACGCAUACAAGAUGCUCCUGAGGAAUUUCUCUCUGAACUUGCGGAAUACUUGAUAAAACCUCUUAAUAAAACUUAUCUCGAGGUGGUCCGUUCAGUAUUCAUGUCUUCAACAUCUGCCUCUGGAACUGGCAGAAAGCGGACAAUCAAGGACUUGCAAGAAGAGGUUUCAAACCUAUAUAAUAAUAUUCGAUUAUUUGAAAAAGGAAUGAAGUUUUUUACAGAUGAUACACAGACUGCUCUUACAAAACACUUGCUGAAGACCGUGUGUACUGAUAUCACUAACCUCAUUUUCAACUUCUUAGCUUCUGAUUUAAUGAUGGCGGUAGAUGAUUCUACAACUAUUACAAGUGAAGUAAGAAAAAAAAUUUUAAGCAAAUUAUCAGAAGAAACCAAAGUACCUCUCACAAAACUCCAUAGUUCGCUGAAUGAAAAAAGCAUAGAAGAUUUUCUGUCUUGUCUGGAUUCUGCAACAGAAGCUUGUGAUAUUAUGAUAAAAAGGGGAGACAAAAAAAGGGAAAGGCAGAUACUGUUCCAGCAUCGCCAAGCACUAGCUGAACAGUUAAAAGUAACAGAAGAUCCUGCUCUGAUUCUGCAUCUCACGUCAGUCCUAAUGUUUCAGUUCUCAACCCACAACAUGCUGCAUGCACCUGGAAGAUGUGUUCCACAGAUCAUUGCUUUUCUGAAUAACAAAAUUCCAGAGGAUCAGCAUGCUCUUUUGGUCAAGUAUCAAGGCUUGGUUGUAAAGCAAUUAGUUAAUCAGAAUAAAAGGACUGGGCAGGAAGUUGAUCCUCCAAAUGAAGAAUUAGACAAAGAGCUAGAUAAUGUCACCAGUACUACUCGUAAAGAGCUUCAAGAACUUUCUUCAUCCAUUAAAGACCUUGUCCUCAAGUCGAGAAAAUCCUCUGUGACAGAAGAGUAACUGUUAUUCUACUUUUUCGUCCAGUGAACAUUUUCCCCCAAAGUUGAGUGGUUACAAAACCGUGUUCAUAACUCUCAACCCUCCCACACAAAGAAUUCAUUGUUAAAAAGCAGCAUUAUAUUCAAUAUAAAUCUUAUUUUUGUAAAUGUGAAUUUUUGUAAAUUGGAUUCUCUGUGGGAUAGUGUUUCAUUUAUUUCUGAAAGUUAUACACUUUAGACUUUUUUCUGUAUGUUAAAUUAAUAAAUAUUAUGAUAACUUUCAACAGUAGGAAAGGACUCAUUUGUUCUUAUGCUAGAUUUUCAGUGAUCCAAAUAUAUUUAACACAGCAGAAACUUGUGGUUGUAUUUUUUUAAAAAAGGAAACUUCUUUUGGGUAAAAAAAGAAAAUCAUGUAUUUCUAAAUAAAUAAUACUUAAACUUAAAAUGCAGGAAAUUUCAAAAAUAUGUUAAACUUUAAUACAAAAUUCUUGUUUUCAUUUCUGAGAGAUUAAAUAACUUCCUACCUUUUCCUCUACCCCCUGGAGUAUACUUUUAUGGGGUUGGGGAUCUUCAGAUAUAUUAAUUCUUAGACAUGCACAAAGAGCCCAUUUAUGUCUGUGUUCAAUUCUUAAAAUACUAACAAGAAGUAAAGAAGAAACGCAAUUUACUGAUAAUUGGCAUAUCCCAUUUUAACACUGGAAUAACAAUUGAAAGAUUUCUCCUUAACACAAUUUGCAUUUCUGAAUCUCAUGUUUUAUAUUUGUAGUCAUCCAGGCACCUAAUGAGGGCAUCUGUAUGUAAUCAUUAGAACUUACUUUUAUUUUUCAAUUUUCCCAAAGGUAGAAAUUCUCUCAUAAAAUGUUUUUUUCCCCAAAAGGUAAUGGUAGUUGAAAUUUACUAAAAUAUUCCUCAGUGUAAACAUUCAAAAAUUGGGUUUUAAGCAACAAUGUAUUAUGUAUUAAAGGGAAUUUUAAUUAUUCUGAAUAGAAAACUAUUUUUAAAAUGUUUUAUUUAACUACUUAUGGCAUUUAAGGUGUUUGAAUACAAAUUUAGUCUAUCUCUGUUCUAGACAAAGUUUCAAUGUUAGCAAAAUAGCAUUAUUUACUAAGUAAAAGAAAUCAGCAUUAUUGUUGAUUAAGCAUAGUAAUAACUAAAGUUGUUAGGAAUGUAACAUUUAAUUUAAGAUUUUAUUCAUUGGUAAUUUUUUUUAAAUAUAUUUUCAUUUGGGCAAAGGAAUGAAAAUGAUGAAUCCUCUGUGACCACAAACUCCUGGAAUAGCUGAAACUGUAUUUUUGCUUCUAAAAUAAUGACCACCCAAAUCUAAUUUUUAACUCAAGCUUUCAGAACUUUAUCACUUGUGUUUCACAGCAAAUACCAAAGUAAUGCAGCGUACCAAACAGAAUCUUGGACUGUAAGCAGUGGAGCAAGUAAAAUCAUUCUGACUUCCUUAGUUUGUGAAAAUAUGGAAGAGGCAAAAAGGAAAGCAAUUGAUACUUCAUUUGCAUAACUUAAUUAAAAUUGUUCCUAUUUUUUCACAUUAGAUAUUAAGACAGUUUUUACUGUGUUUGUAAAUAAAUUUACAUAGCUGAUUUUCUAUGUAAAAAAAUCUAAUAUUAUUAAAAAAUUGCUGUGUUUAUCUACCAUGAUCUUAAUGAACAGGUUUCAGAAUGUUAUUUAAAAUAAAGCUGCCUAUUGUU